AUUUUAAUACAGACAACCUAGGAAUUGUAUUACCACCUACAGAAAAUACUACUAGUGCUAGAUUCAUUACCUAUAAGACCUUUUAUCUCUCCAGUCCUCUCCUCUCCUCUCCUGUGUCUAAAAUGUCGAGGAGCUCUGGCAGCAGCAAUGGAGGAGUCCACAUAUUAGUCUUCCCAUUCCCCGCACAAGGCCACAUGCUUCCCCUUCUCGAUCUCACUCACCAACUCGCUCUCCGAGGCUUAGCCAUCACUAUCAUAAUCACCCCCAAAAACCUCCCACUCCUAACCUCCCUCCUAUCCUCCUCCCCCUCCAUCCAAACCCUAAUCCUCCCUUUCCCGCCCCACCCUUCCCUCCCUCCCGGCGUCGAAAACGUCCAACACAUCGGCAAUCACGGCAACAUCCCCAUCAUGGCCGCCCUCAGCCAACUCCGAGAUCCCAUUAUCCGCUGGUGCACCUCCCACCCUAACCCCCCAUCCGCCCUCAUCUCCGAUACCUUCCUCGGUUGGACGCACCACGUCGCCGACCACCUCCGAAUCCCUAGGAUCGUUUUCCACUCCUGCGGAGCUUUCGUCGUCGCCCUCUUCGAUCACCUCUGGGCGAAUUUCGAUUCUCUCAAACCAGAGGUCGAUGUGAAAUUCGAUGAUGUACCUCAGCAGCCGACCUUCCCCUGGGAUCAGCUGCCGUCGCUUUUCCGCCGGUGUAAGGAUUUGCAAUGUCGGGACAAGACGGCCGCUGACUUCAUCAUGACUUCCAUCGCGGCCAAUGCCCUCAGCUGGGCUGCCGUUUACAACUCGUUUCGGGCCUUGGAGGGUCCGUUCUUGGGUUCCCAUUAUAGCGUUGGGCCGUUGAAUCUGGUUAACGGGUCGGGUCAAUUGAGGGUGGGCGAUCCGGAACCCGGUUCGGAUGAUGGUGUAGUAUCUUGGCUCGACGGGUGUGGCGAUGGGUCUGUAUUGUAUGUGUGUUUUGGGAGCCAAAAGUUGCUCACGGCGGCCCAAACGGAGGCUUUGGCCACUGGGCUGGAGAGGAGUGGGGUCCGGUUCGUUUGGGUUGUGAAGGCUCUGUCGGCGCAGCAAGUGGCAGAUGGGUUUGGGUCGGUACCCGAUGGGUUUGAGGAUCGGGUAUCGGAGCGAGGCUUGGUUAUAAAGGGAUGGGCGCCGCAGACGGUGAUACUGAGUCACCGAGCUGUGGGUGGAUUCCUGAGUCAUUGUGGAUGGAACUCAACUUUGGAGGCAAUCACGGCUGGGGUGAUGAUACUGGCUUGGCCCAUGGAAGCCGACCAGUUUGCGAAUGCUAAGCUCUUGGUGGAGUACAACAACGCCGCCGUCCUUGUAUGUGAGGGACCGGAUACGGUGCCCGACCCAGCUCACUUGGCUCAUAAACUUAGCGACUCAAUGCGUGGGUGCGCCGCUCAGAGGAGUGGAGCCAAGGAUUUGAAGAAACAAGCCUUGGAAGCAAUUCAGGUUGGUGGGAGUUCUAUCACAGACUUGGAUAGGCUUGCUCAAGAAUUAUCUCAACUUUAAAAUUGGGCAUAUGUUUAGUUGGUUUGCAAGAUUAUUCCAGCCGAAAUAUCGGUAAUGUCAUCACCAUUGUAUUCCUACAUUAAGCAAAAAUUAGCAAAGUACGACAUGUGCUAAGACUUGUAUUGUUAUUGAGAUACAAAUAAAUCCGCCCCAAAAUAGCUCCUUCUGGGUAUCAAAA